AUGUAUAACACACAUCGCGGGAUGGUUCCCGCUCCCAACUCCCGUCUGACGGAGUUGCUUGAUCAACUGCGCCAGGAAUUUGAGAAUCAAUCAAGGAGCACUGGCGAGUUUGAACAUCAAUUAACCGGACAGCUUCAAGAAAUGGAAAUGAUUCGGCAGAAAGUCUACCAGCUGGAACAAGCACAAAUCAAGAUGAAGCAAGACUAUGAAGCGGAAAUUCGCGUGCUGCGUCAUGAGCUCGAGUCGCGCGGUGUUCAACCUGUCUCUUCCCAUAUUGCUGGCCCAGCACAGCACGCUGGCCCUUCUCAAGCCCCCCCGCCCGCACUGGGCCAUGGCCCCAGUAAUUUAUUUGGUGGGAUCAUGGCCAACCAAGGAGGUAGUGGUCCCGGUCUUGCCCCUCCCCCUCCCCAGGAUCAGCAGCCUCCCCAGCAUACCCUUCAACAGCCUGCUCCCGCGGCUCAGCAAGGAGCGCCGCAGCCACCGCAGAGCUCUUUUGGGGGAUAUCAGCCUGGUGCUGCUGUGAACGGCUACGCACCUCCACCUCCGCCCACCGCCUCUCCUGGACCUGGAAAGAGACCCCGUGCUCCUCCCGGACCAGCAACUCCCCAGCAAACCCAUCAACUGGCCUACCCUGAUCCUCGUGUGUCGCCUCAGUUGGCCCGGCCCACCCCACCUAGCCAAGCCCUUGUUCGUGACCGCCCAGGUAACAUGUUGGCCAACUGGAAUCCAGAUGAUUUACCUGCCUCGCAAAAGCGUGAGGGUGCUGAUUGGUACGCUGUAUUCAACCCAGAGGUACAGCGUGUGUUGGAUGUCGAGCUGGUACAUCACCUUGUUCAUGAUAGUGUGGUUUGCUGCGUGCGUUUCAGCCGGGACGGCAAAUAUCUUGCAACAGGUUGCAAUCGUUCCGCUCAAAUUUUUGAUGUCACCACCGGCCAGAAUGUGGCUACCCUUCAGGAUGAGAAUGUGGACAAAAAUGGCGAUCUUUAUAUCCGCAGCGUUUGCUUCAGUCCUGAUGGCAAGUUCCUCGCGACCGGCGCCGAGGAUAAGCAAAUUCGGGUUUGGGACAUUGCUGCUCGGACCAUCAAGCAUAUCUUCACUGGUCAUGAGCAAGAUAUUUACUCUCUUGACUUUGCUGGCAACGGCCGCUAUAUUGCUUCCGGCAGCGGAGACAAGACUGUUCGCCUAUGGGAUAUUCUGGAUGGCAAGCUUGUCUACACUCUCAGCAUCGAAGAUGGUGUGACCACCGUUGCUAUGUCCCCCGAUGGUCACUACGUCGCAGCUGGCUCCCUGGACAAGAGCGUUCGCGUCUGGGACACUACCACCGGCUAUUUAGUUGAACGGCUGGAAAGCCCUGAUGGACAUAAAGAUAGCGUUUACUCGGUCGCUUUCGCGCCAAAUGGUCGGGAUCUAGUUAGCGGCAGUCUCGAUAAGACUAUCAAGCUCUGGGAGCUUAAUGUUCCCCGUGGUGCAUUCCCUGGAACUGGGGUCAAAGGUGGUAAAUGCAUUCGGACUUUCGAGGGCCACAAGGACUUUGUGCUCAGCGUUUGCCUGACUCCAGACGGACACUGGGUUAUGAGUGGCUCUAAGGAUCGGGGUGUCCAGUUCUGGGAUCCAAUUACAGGAAAUGCGCAGAUGAUGCUACAAGGCCACAAAAAUUCUGUUAUCUCGGUGGCUCCCAGCCCGACAAACAACUUGUUCGCCACCGGUAGUGGUGACAUGCGUGCAAGAAUCUGGAGGUAUGUGCUUCUAUUCAACUCACAGCCGUAA